UCCGGCCCGCUCAUUCCGUGCGCCUUUCUCCUCCCUCCUUCUUCCCCGCCCCCGUCACCCCUCCAGCCACCAUGUUGACGCGCCUCUUCAGCGAACCCAGCUUGAUCCCAGAAGUUCAGAAAUUCUCCAGCUGGGCGGACGAUUGUGAAGAGGAUGAUUCGAGCGACAAAGAGGAGCAGAAAAGUAAAAGCUGCCCUCUUCAGGAGGACGACUCGGAAGUAAAAGAGGAGAACGACCUGGGCGCUGAUGAAGAGGAGGAGGAGGAGGAGGAGGAAGGCAUCGAGGAAGCGGAAGGCGAUCGACCUAAGAAACGGGGCCCCAAAAAAAGGAAAAUGACCAAGGCCAGGCUAGAGCGCUCCAAGAUGCGACGCCAAAAGGCCAACGCCCGGGAACGCAACCGGAUGCACGACCUUAACGCUGCCUUGGACAAUCUCCGCAAGGUCGUGCCUUGCUACUCCAAAACGCAGAAAUUGUCGAAGAUCGAAACCUUGCGGCUGGCCAAGAAUUACAUCUGGGCCCUGUCGGAAAUCCUGCGCUCGGGUAAGAGGCCGGAUCUGGUCUCCUACGUGCAGACUUUGUGCAAAGGUUUGUCCCAGCCGACCACUAACUUAGUGGCCGGCUGCCUCCAGCUCAACUCAAGGAAUUUCCUUACUGAGCAAGGCCAGGAGGCCGGGAGAUACCACGGGCCCAACUCCAGCUUUGCCAUGCAUCCCUACACCUACCAGUGCUCGCGGAUCUCCAGCGCUCAGUGCGCUUCCAGCACCAUGGCUAGCUCCCACGCCUUGCGGACGCACGCUUACUGUGCCACCUACGAGUCCCUCUAUGGGAACGCCUCGCCAGAUUACAAUAGCUCGGAAUACGACGGGCCCCUGAGCCCUCCUUUGUGCGUGAACGGGAAUUUUUCCCUCAAGCAGGAUUCUUCCCCCGACCACGAGAAAAAUUACCAUUAUUCUAUGCACUACUCCGCCCUCCCCAGUUCUCGCCCUUCCGGGCACAAUUUAGUGUUCGGAUCUUCGGGAAUGCGCAGUGGCGUCCACUCUGAGAAUGUUUUGCCUUACGAGAUGCACCUCCAUCAUGACCGAGGUCCGAUGUAUGAGGAGCUCAAUGCUUUUUUCCAUAACUAGCUCCUUUCCCCCUGUUCCCAGAGGCGCCUUGGGAGUCGCGUUCUCCUACCGGUUUCACGAGUAACCGUGACAACUUGUAGAUUUCCAGUGUACUGGACUGGGAAAGGGAGGGGGUAUUUGGGUGGUAUAAACUAAACAGAAAGAGAGAGAAUGGGGAGGAGGAGGGAAGAGAGAGAAAUAAAUAGAUCCUCGGCCUUCUUUGAUAUUCCCCUGUACUUCGUCCCGAGGGCUGCAAUUUUUUAAAAAUUCAACUGUGAACCACUUUUAUCGUAACAUUAAUAAAAAAAAUCGGAAGGGCGGGAGGAUAGAAUAAUAAUCAUUCCUAUUCGUGAACUAAUUGAGCUGAACCUUCUUGUUUUGGAGCGAGGGGGAGGGCGUGAGGGAACCUGACCCAACAGCCCCUGAUCUGAGGCAGCGGGUUUCAAUCCUUCCCAAUCCCGUUGAAUUCAAUGGGUCGCUUUGGUUUUCAGUCACUGGCUUCGAUUUAAAUGGAAAGUCGGUGGAGUUUUUUCGCGCCUUGGUUUCCGCGGGACUCCAAUCCCGAUUGGGAAUCAGAUUAUAACCAGAAUCUGCGACUUCCCUGCCCCCACUAAGUACUAUGAAAAAAAUCUGGUGCAAUAUAUAUGCUAGCAUAAUUUUAUAUUUAAAAACAAACGAAAGGACUCUAUAGCUAAUAGACUGUUUAGUUGAGAUUUUGCCCACCCGAAAACAAAGUUUUAAAUCCACCUUAUUAGGAGAGACAACCACAUUUUUCAAAAUUAAAGAGGAGAGUAUCAAAGUUUCACCCCAUCCUAAUGGAUUGUCUAUGAUAAAUUAUGCCUUAUAAUUAAAAAAUCUCCUAAAGUUCAAUAUGGCUUUAGAACAAAACAGUUUAUAAAAGGCAGGUGAUGGGAUGAAGGUUUCCAUCUUCCCAGUAGCUGAAUCAAAAAAUCCCCGAAAAAGGUAUCUAUGCCAUCUGCAAACCUUUACAUAUUUAUCUGGGAAUUAGUCUUAUUAGGCUUAAUGGGGCUUACUUCAGUAUAAAUAUGUAUCAGCUUGCACAAAAUUAAGCUGUUAAAAUAUUUGCAAACUUUAAAUCAAACUUUCAAUGCAGUGAGAACUUGACAAAGCAAUAAACGGGCAAACAGAUGAAAAAUAUAUUCUAUCUCUAUCUAUGCAAGUAGGUAUUGAAACUAGAAAAAGAAAUAAAAGAAAGGGAAAGAGAAAAGAAAAAACUAAAACAACAACAAAAAGAAUCCAUAUGAAAUAUUAGAAAUAUGGACCAACAAACUCGCUGAGAUUUAAAAUUGUGCACUUUUUGAUUUGGGGGAAACGGACCCGUGGAAAGUUUCCCUGGUAUUUAACAAUCACUGACU